AUGCUGUGUGUCCACCGAGAAAGUUCAGCUCCUACUUUGCCUAUUCAACAGUUUUAUAUUGGAAGUGAAGAUAGUUAUGGUAUUGUUGGUGAUUUACAUAAUUCCACCAUUCUGCCUGUUCAUCAAACAAAACAUAUCAGCAUAUCGUCUGAUGAACCUGUAGAAUCUUCUCUAAUUGACUAUUGUAAACAAAAAACAAUUUUAUAUUCUCAACUUGCUGUAGCCGAUCGACACUUACAGUCACCAUAUGUUCAAGAGAUGGCUGGUUUUCCUGCUGAGACACCAUCUCAAUUAUCUUCUACUAAUUCUGACCACCAAUUUAACCAACCUUCAAGAACCACUGAUAGUCCUGUGGAAAAUCUUAAACCAUCUAGUGAGCCAACCGGAAAUAUUCAAUCCAAUAUCCCUGAUAAGGGAGGAUAUGAGAUAAAUGAAGAUUUCUUACGCGAACCAGCUCCAAAUGGUGGUUGGGGUUGGCUUGUUGCACUAGGAAGUUUUCUUUGCAUAUUUACCGUGGAUGGUGUGUGCUUUACUUAUGGCUUACACAUUAAUGAAAUGAUUCACGAAGGACAAUUUAGAUUGGAUCCAUCUAAUCCAAAUAAAGCACAAAGAGAGACAUCUUUAGCUUUGCUAAGCUUGCCUGGAGCAUUACUGUGUGGAAUGUAUUUUUUAUUCGGUCCACUUACGGGUGCUCUGGUAAAUCGUUUUGGCUAUCGUAUAGUUGCAUCAAUUGGUGCAGUUAUUACUUCAUUGUGCUUUCUGAUAAGUGCUUUAUACAUUUAUGAUUUGGUUACAUUCACUAUUGUAUUCGGUAUAAUUGGUGGAAUUGGUUGCAGUUUAGUUUAUUUACCGGCAAUUACAGUUGUUGGACACUGGUUUGAAGAGCAUCGAGCUUUUAUUGUUGGUAUUGUAAUGUGUGGUGGUUGUUUGGGUGCCGGUUUAAUGGCUAUUAUUACACCCUACUUAGCGCAUCAUUUUUCAUGGCGUGGUAGUCUCAUUCUACUUAGUGGACUACUUGGUCAAACCUUAGUUGGUAUAGCACUAUUUCGUCCAGUGAGUGUACAUGAAAAAAUUAAAGCUAUUCGAUUAUUAAAAGAAAUGGAGAAAAAACAACUUAAACCAAAAAAGUGUAAAUUUAAUUGUUUAUUAUCUAGUCAUAAGUCAAAACAGAAUCCCAUAAGAAAAAUUGCAAUUCAACGAGGCUCUAUAAUGGCUCGGAUAAUUGAAGAAAAAUCACGUCAACGAACUACAUCCACUGGCAGUUUGGAUGGAAUGGUAAUAACACGUGAAAAUCAACUUGUAGCUCUAUCCUCUGAUGCUUAUGAAGUUGUGAAGGCUGCAGCAGCCAUAUACAGUGCUAAUACUAGCAAUAUGAUAUCAUCAAUCAAUGCACAAGAAAAGGAACAAUUGGAAAUACAAACUACAUAUGAAGAAAAUCAAAUAUCAUCAUCUGAAUCAGCAUCAUUUGAACAAUUAAGACCUAGUAGUAGUAUGAAUGCAAAAAGUAAUAGUUUGAAAUAUUCUCUAGAUAAUAAUCGUAAAAAUUUACAAACAUUAACUGAAGGAUUUCCUAUGUCAUCAUUUGAUCAUACAACAGAGAAAUUUCAAACAAAUUCACAGCCUCCUUGUAUUGCAGUACUUCCUCCGCCUGUCCAAUUUAGUCGUGCUGCUGUACGACGUAUAGCACGUGCAAUUUUAAGAAAAUUACACGGACAAAGUAAACUACCGUUUUCACCAUCAAUUACUUCCAUAUCAAUUGGUUCAAGACAAGUUAUACAACCAUCUUUUCGAUCUAGUGGAGAGAAUCGUAUUGAUACAUGUUCAACGUUUAGUACACCAUAUACAAAUAGUUCACGAAAUAUUCAGUAUGACAGAGUUAACCACGUGUAUCGAUAUGAACUAUUUCAUGGAUCAGUGGCUACAAAUAUAUGGAGACGAAAAAGGAGUUUAUUUGCUUCAUCCUUGUAUAAUGAAUUACCUUCAAACACUAGAGAUUCGGUAGCUUCAACUGGUCCUAUACGCCAUAUAUCAACUGCAGUAAACCGUUCAAUCUCUUCACAAGAAUCCCAUAUACAAUUAAAAUUACCAACACCUGAUUCACCUUCUGCAUUAACAUCAUUAAUUAGUUUAGAUUCAUAUACAGGGCAUAUUAUAUCACAUGAAUUAAAUAGUCUUUUGUUAGAUCAAUCUACUAAACUAGCUAUAUUGAAUGAUAUACGUCGUGAGUUAAGUCGUCCAAAAUAUCGUCCAGAUUUUUUCUACGCUGGUAAUAAACGUAAAUUACCCUUGUAUCAUGUGCCUGAAUAUACAACUUGUAAACAAUUACCAUGUGAUGCAAAUUAUGGCUUAAAAGAAUUGACAAUCCACUCGCCUAAUUCAAAUGUUGUCAAUCAAUGUCCAAAUCUAUUGAAAACUGUUAUUCCUAUAGAAAAUGUUAUAUUACUUCGAAAUAAAUCACUUAUACCUGAUAAUCAAAAAAUUGAUGUACUUCUGAAUACAUCAAAAGAGAAUAAAAAUAUUUCUCAGUUGAGAAAAUUUAUCGCUUUGCCAAAAAUUGAUGAAUUAUUUUCUUAUCUUGCAGAUAUGUUAGAUAGUCAAAUACUUAAAAGUUUUACAUUUAUUAUACUUUCAAUCGCUUGCUUUGUAAAUAUGUUGGUAUUUUUAGUUCCAUUUCACUAUCUUCCACUUUUAUUGGAUUUCGGUGGUAUUGAAUGUUAUUUUAAUUCAUUAUGGUGUCCGAAUGAAUUACCCGCUGAGAUUAAGCAUAAUCUCACAUAUAAUCAAUUUGAUCAAUCAACUAUUAAAUAUAUUAAUGUUUUAAAGAAAAAUUAUGCAUUUUCUAGUCCAGAAUCUUUAUUUUUAACAAUUGGUUUUGCCAGUAUUUUUGGUCGUUUAUUUGCAGGAUUUUAUAUUGAAAAAGGUUUAAAUACAAAUCGUAAAUUCCUACGUCAAUGUCCUCGCAUGGUAGAUCCAAUGCUGUUGAACAAUGUCGCAUUAAUUGUUUGUGGUUUUUCAAUUAUCUCAUUUCCAUUAGCAAUUCAUGGUAUUAUGUUGACAAAAAAUUCAGAUCAAUCAUCAACACAACGCUUGCAAGCAUGGUCAUUAAAGUUUCGAAGUCAUUUAUUAUAUAUUGGUAGUAUAGUAUAUGGUUUAACUAAUACUAUAUCAAUAUCUUUACGAAGUGUUAUACUUGUUGAAUUAUUUGGUAUUCGUCGACUUACAAAUGCAUUUGGAUAUUUACUUAUUUUUCAAGGUCUUGGUGUAAUUUGUGGACCUCCAUUAUUUGGUCUUUUUUCUGAUCAAGCUUGUCAUAGAUGUUUAGACAAUCCACCAUUUUGUGAAUCUAUUCCAACUGAAUUUACAUCAACUGGUCAUAAAGAAUGUACAAUGCGUUUAGUAUUAUCGUUUUAUAUUUGUGCAGGAUUAUUCAUUUUGUCAAGUGUUUUAUUUAUGCCACUUCGUUGGUUAGCCAAACAUGAUCCAUAUCGUAAUGCAUAUACAAUACAAUCAUCAAUCAUUAUAUCAGGUAAUACACCUCAAUUGGAUGAAGAAAUUUCAUUUUCAGUUGGUGGUUUAGGUCAAGGUGAAGUGUAUGAUCCACAAGAGACACAAACAACGCAUGUAUUGUAUGAUGAAAAUGAAUCGAAUGUGAAAACUAACUGACGAAUCAAUGGAUACAUGUAACUACUGUUUUUAGGUAUUCUUCCACUUUGAUUUCUCUCCAAUGUUGUUUUAUUUUUCACCUUCCCUCUUUACUUCAUUAUCAUGAUUACAUUAAAUUUAUUAUCUAUAAUAUAACUAACUGGUUUUUUGUCUAUUCAAAAUAAUGGUAAUAGUAAUCAUACAAAUCACACUAAUAACAAACGAUUAUUCACAUUUCUAUUAUUAUUAUUAUUAUUAUUAUUAUUAUUAUUAUUAUU